AAAUGACCCUCAGGGUGUGUGCAAAUCUUAGCUUCAUGUUUCAAGAAACUACAUCACUUAUCGAACGAUACGCUUUAGCUAAGGAAGCUGGUUUUCGUGCUGUGGAAUGUGCUUUUCCGUAUGAAUAUCCCCUGGAAGAAGUUAUUUCAGCAAAAGAAAGUGCCGGUGUCGACCAGAUCUUGAUAAAUGUAUUUCCUGGUGACCCAAGUAAAGGAGAACGUGGGUUUGCAGCAGUUCCUGGACAGGAGGAGAAGUUUAAAGAAAGCCUCAGUCUUGCAGUUAAAUAUGCAAAAGGCCUUCACUGUAAACGGAUUCAUGUGAUGUCUGGACAUGCUGAAAAUCCAAGCAGUGUGAAUGACGACAUUUAUGAGAAAAACAUUAAGUAUGCAGCAUCUUUGUUCGAGAAAGAGGGUAUUGUAGGAUUGAUUGAACCAAUCAAUCCACAUUCUGUUCCAAACUAUUACAUGAAUAAUUUUUCAAAAGGGCUGGACAUUGUCAGAAGAAUAAAUAGUCCAAAUCUAAGGUUGAUGAUGGAUUUAUUCCAUGUUCAACACUUACAAGGUGACCUGACACACACAAUUAAAACGGCCCUACCAUAUGUUGGCCACAUCCAGAUUGCCCAAGUGCCUAACAGAAAUGAACCUGACACACCUGGUGAAGUAAAUUACAGCUACGUAUUUGAUGUUCUAAAAGAUAAUGGCUAUGAUGGUUGGAUUGGUUUGGAGUACAAACCAGCAAAGGGAACAAGAGAAGGGUUGAAAUGGAUUCAGAAUUAUAGAGUUACACAGUAAUUCUUGUUGAAAAAUAUUUUGUAGGGGUAUAUUCUGGAACAAAUAUUUCUAUUUUGGGAUUUUUUAAUUGCAAAGCAUGAAAAUAUAUGUAAUAAAAAUUUGAACUCUUAA